AGCACGUCGGAAGGCUUCGAGGAUUUCACCGGCGGCGUGACGGAGUGGUACGACCUGCGCAAGCCCCCUGCCGACCUCUACCACAUCAUCCUCAAGGCGCUGGAGCGCGGCUCGCUGCUCGGCUGCUCCAUCGACAUAACAAGCGCCUUCGACAUGGAGGCGGUGACGUUUAAGAAGCUGGUGAAGGGACACGCGUACUCGGUGACGGGGGCCAAGCAGAUCAACUACCGCGGGCAGUCCCUGGGCUUGAUCCGGAUGCGCAAUCCCUGGGGAGAGGUGGAGUGGACGGGAGCCUGGAGCGACAGCUCGUCCGAGUGGAACGCGGUGGAGCCGGCGCUGAGGCAGCAGCUGAUGGUGAAAAUGGAGGACGGGGAAUUCUGGAUGUCCUUCAGGGAUUUCCUCCGGGAAUUCACCCGCCUGGAGAUCUGCAACCUCACCCCGGACGCUCUCCAAUCCCGCAAAUUCCGCAAGUGGAACACGCGGCUCUACGACGGGACGUGGCGGCGCGGCAGCCCGGCCGGCGGCUGCAGGAACUACCCAGCCACUUUCUGGAUCAACCCGCAGUUUAAGAUCCAGCUGGAGGAGGUGGAUGACGACAGGGACGAGGACGGCGGGCGCGAGCCCGGCUGCAGCUUCCUGCUGGCGCUGAUGCAGAAGCACCGGCGCCGCGAGCGCCGCUACGGCAAGGACAUGGAGACCAUCGGGUUCGCCNNNNCACAGGUUCCUCCCGAGCACGUGGGGAAAUCAGGCGUCCACCUGAAGCGGGAUUUCUUCCUGGCCAACGCCUCGCGCGCCCGCUCGGAGCAGUUCAUCAACGACAUGGAGAUCAGCGUCACGGAGCUUCAGACCAUCCUCAACCGCAUCAUCAGCAAAC